GUUCCCCACCGAUCCAGCGUCCUGAAUAUUUAUGAGGGAGGCGGGCCGACGCCGCUUUUCUUGGCGGCCGGCGCCAUGAAGCUCAACGUGGACGGGCUGCUGGUCUACUUCCCUUACGACUACAUCUACCCGGAGCAGUUCUCCUACAUGCUGGAGCUCAAGCGCACGCUGGACGCCAAGGGUCAUGGCGUCCUGGAGAUGCCCUCAGGCACUGGGAAGACAGUGUCCCUGUUGGCCCUGAUCAUGGCAUACCAGAGGGCGUAUCCACUGGAGGUGACGAAGCUCAUCUACUGCUCAAGGACUGUGCCUGAGAUUGAGAAGGUGAUCGAAGAGCUGCGAAAGUUGCUCAACUUCUACGAGAAGCAGGAGGGUGAGAAGCUUCCAUUUUUGGGGCUGGCUCUGAGCUCCCGGAAGAACCUGUGUAUUCAUCCUGAGGUGAUGCCCCUGCGCUUUGGGAAAGACGUCGACGGGAAAUGUCACAGCCUCACGGCCUCGUACGUGCGGGCACAGUACCAGCAGGACCCCAGCCUGCCCCACUGCCGCUUCUACGAGGAGUUUGAUGUCCAUGGGCGCCAGGUGCCUCUCCCCGCUGGGAUCUACAACCUGGAUGACCUGAAGGCCUUGGGGCGGCGCCAGGGCUGGUGCCCCUACUUCCUUGCCCGGUAUUCGAUCCUGCACGCCAACGUGGUGGUUUAUAGCUACCAUUACCUCUUGGACCCCAAGAUUGCAGAGCUGGUGUCCAAGGAGCUGGCCCGCAAGGCCGUCGUGGUCUUCGACGAGGCCCACAACAUCGACAACGUCUGCAUCGACUCCAUGAGCGUCAACCUCACCCGUCGGACCCUGGACCGCUGCCAGGGCAACCUGGAGACCUUGCAGAAGACGGUGCUCAGGAUCAAGGAGACGGAUGAGCAGCGGCUGCGGGAGGAGUACCGCCGCCUGGUGGAGGGGCUGCGGGAGGCCAGUGUGGCGCGGGAGACUGACGCCCACCUGGCCAACCCCGUGCUUCCCGACGAGGUGCUACAGGAAGCCGUACCGGGCUCCAUCCGCACGGCCGAGCACUUCCUGGGCUUCCUGCGGCGGCUGCUGGAGUAUGUCAAGUGGCGGCUGCGGGUCCAGCACGUGGUGCAGGAGAGCCCCCCGGCCUUCCUCAGCAGCCUGGCCCAGCGCGUGUGCAUCCAGCGCAAGCCCCUCAGAUUCUGUGCCGAGCGUCUCCGCUCCCUCCUGCACACCCUGGAGAUCGCUGACCUCGCCGACUUCUCUCCCCUCACCCUUCUGGCUAACUUCGCCACCCUCGUCAGCACUUAUGCCAAAGGUUUCACCAUCAUCAUUGAGCCCUUUGAUGACAGGACCCCCACCAUUGCCAACCCCAUCCUGCACUUCAGCUGCAUGGACGCCUCACUGGCCAUCAAACCCGUGUUCGAGCGCUUCCAGUCAGUGAUCAUCACAUCGGGGACGCUGUCCCCGCUGGACAUCUACCCCAAGAUUCUGGACUUCCACCCUGUCACCAUGGCAACCUUCACCAUGACACUGGCCCGGGUCUGCCUCUGCCCCAUGAUCAUCGGUCGUGGCAACGACCAGGUGGCCAUCAGCUCCAAAUUUGAGACCCGGGAGGAUAUCGCGGUGAUCCGGAACUAUGGGAACCUCCUGCUGGAGAUGUCCGCCGUGGUCCCCGAUGGCAUUGUGGCCUUCUUCACCAGCUACCAGUACAUGGAGAGCACCGUGGCCUCCUGGUAUGAGCAGGGCAUUCUUGAAAACAUCCAGAGGAAUAAGCUGCUCUUCAUUGAGACGCAGGAUGGGGCCGAGACCAGUGUCGCCCUGGAGAAGUACCAGGAGGCCUGUGAGAAUGGCCGUGGAGCCAUCCUGCUGUCAGUGGCCCGGGGAAAAGUGUCUGAGGGAAUCGACUUCGUGCACCACUAUGGGCGCGCGGUCAUCAUGUUCGGUGUCCCGUACGUUUAUACCCAGAGCCGCAUUCUCAAGGCGCGGCUGGAAUACCUGCGGGACCAGUUCCAGAUCCGCGAGAACGACUUUCUCACCUUCGACGCCAUGCGCCACGCAGCCCAGUGUGUGGGUCGGGCCAUCCGUGGCAAGACGGACUACGGCCUCAUGGUCUUUGCCGACAAGCGGUUUGCCCGGGCCGACAAGCGCGGGAAGCUGCCCCGCUGGAUCCAGGAGCACCUCACGGACGCCAACCUCAACCUGACCGUGGAUGAGGGCGUCCAGGUCGCCAAGUACUUCCUGAGGCAGAUGGCUCAGCCGUUCCACCGGGAAGACCAGCUGGGCCUGUCCCUGCUGAGCCUGGAGCAGCUGGAAUCGGAGGAGACGCUGCGGAGGAUAGAGCAGAUCGCGCAGCAGCUGUAGCUCAAGGCAAGGCUUGCCUGGCACCGGAUGUGACUGACAGAGGCGAUGGAACCGUGGAAAGUUCUGGAACAGGACAGAGCAGUGUGGGUUGCAGAAGCUCCAGCUGUUGGGGCUCUUUGCUGCCCCGAUCGGACACUCACCCG